UUAAUCAAAAUAGUUAUACUAAGUAAAAUCGAGUACGCGCUGUUCCUCUUUUGAAACUCACCAAAAUCGGCUUUAAACACCUUCAGGCCGGUAUAUCAACAAGCGGCGCGAACGAGUAUUUCUGCACUUCGUACAAUUUCAAUAAAAAACCUUUUAACAGAGGCUGCCCUACCAACAAUUGAAGAAAGAAUACAUCAGAUUCAAACGAGACUCAUCCCUAAAUCCCAUCCAACUUAAUCAUCGAUGAAUACAUCUCAAAUAUAAACCGAUCCAAAAGCUCACAAAAAGUUACUUCUCUUAUACAUCAAAUAUAUGGAAACGUCAAAAAGCUAGAGUCGGAGACAUUCUACGGGUGCAAACUUUGCUGGACUGUGCAUUUGUUUUUACUGAAGAAGCGUGUGCCGUUUGUCUUGCUAUAAACAUGGCCCUGGAAAAUGACCGUAAAACAAUCAUAUGCACUAUGCAAAUCUGUUUUCAAAGCAUUUCUUAACCCUCUAUCCAAUUCAUCCACCAUUAGCAGAAUAAUAGAUACGCUCAUUGGCAAGGAGGCUUACUUAUGCUUACUUUGGAUACCAAGCCAUAUAGGGAUUCACGGGAACGAGAUGGCAGACAGUGCCGUCAAACAAGCCUACUCAGCACCGAUAACAAAGGAUCCCACAUGUGAAAAGAGAGAUAUUCUGUCAACAAUUAAAUGAUAUCUCAACACCAGAUCGAAACUAGAGUGGCUAAACUACACCCAUCACCACUACGGUACCAUAAACCGAGAGCAUAUACCCCCACAAUACCCCACCGGCGUAGGGAAAACACAAAUAAAACAUUUCUCCCAGCUACGUCUUGGCCAUAACACAUCCUGAUUGGGGAUCCACCCCCAGGUUGCGCACACUGCGGAGAAUUUAUCUCUUUAAACCAUAUAUUCCAGGAUUGCCCCGUUUUGGUAGACGCCAAAGAGGAAAGUUGGUCGGAAUGUGUCAAAGCCUAAAAAAACUCUUUUUAUCAUAAGUUUUUAAUUAAAUGCACCAUGAACCCACCUCUUUCCCAAACUUCGGUUUUUUCAUCUCAAUCCCCUUAUUAGCUCUUCCCGAACUCAUUUAGCUGCAGUUUUUCCGCGCGUAGUUUAACAGCAAAUUGGUAGUUUGUGAUUGAAUGACAGCUUGAGGUCAAUUUGCUUGUUCAUGUAAAAGUGCCGAAUGUGCCAUAAUCCAACAAUCACAUUUUUAUUUAUUUUUUAUUAUAAAUUAAAUACACGCAUUUGCCAAGUUUUAAAGUUUUAAAGAAAAAUAAAUAUUUUUACCCACCCGAGGAAGUCAAGACGUUUCAGUGCUGCACAGGACCUUUGUUUAUUGCCCAAAAUCUAUUCAGCGGGAAGAUAUAGGCAUUCUUUAAACUGAAGCAUCAGUAAGCUCGCUCAAUUUCCAUUAUACCAAAAAAUGUUGGUGUACUUAUUUGAAAAAAAAAGAAACGAUAAAUUCCUACCAAUACCAGGACUCAUAGGUAAACAAACAGACAUCGAAGAACAGAUGUUUUAACGCCAGCAAAACAUUGAAAUUCGACAUUAAAUAAGAAACAUUAUAAAUUUCAUAAGCAUUUCAAAUUCUUAGAAACACUAUAAAUUUCACAAGUACAAAAAUUAUUAUGGCAGAUUUAAAAAAAACACAAUUAAUUACUGCCAAAACAGCAUUUUUGGCAACUGCAGGCGUCGGUUUGUUGUGCAUUGUUAUGCGGCAGCGGGCUCGUAUUCUAGCUCGGCUGAGGAACUACGGAAACCCAUUGAGCGAGAAGCAAAUACGAGUCAUUGAAACACCUGAUGAAUGUCAGCGGGUAUUAGAUACAUUAAAGCGCCAUUGCCACGAAUACAAAGUACUUGGCUUUGAUUGCGAGUGGGUCACUGUGGGGGGUAAACGACGUCCAGUAGCGUUGCUGCAGUUAUCUUCGCAGAAGGGGCUUUGCGCACUGUUCCGACUCUGUACUUUGCAACAAAUACCAAAGGGCCUUCGAGAUCUGCUCGAGGACGAUGAUGUGAUAAAAGUCGGUGUUGGCCCACAAGACGAUGCACACAAAUUGGCAUUCGAUUAUGGCGUAGGUGUGGCAAGCACACUAGAUCUACGAUAUCUGGCUGCGUUGGUUAAUCAAAAACCAGGAGGCUUAGCUAAAAUGGCAAAAUCCUUGUUAGAUGUGCAUUUGGAUAAAAACUGGCGACUCUCCUGCUCUGAUUGGGAGGCUAAAGUGCUUAACGAAAAACAGUUGCAGUAUGCGGCCAACGAUGCAUUAGUUGCAGUGAAAAUCUUUGAAAAGCUGGCAAAGAAAUUGGAUGCAAAGCCAUUUUGGAAUCUCAGCAGCAUAAAUUUCACAAAAAUUCAGGAGCGAUUGCAACCUUUCUAUGACAUUCGUUUCAAGGAAGGCUCUCUAAAUAAUAUAAUGGCUACGGAACGGAGAAAAUCGAUAACGACCACUGGUCGGAAAGCUAAACAAAAGCAGAUGCAAACUCGUAGCAUUAGCACACGUUCCAGAGCCUUAUACGACAAUUGCAAUUUACAAGCGCCUGAUGGAGAAUUGCUCUGCACUAUAGACGCGAAAAAAGCACAAUGGUAUGUGGAUCAAAACUUGGGCGUAGUGGUAGCGGAAACUCCAUUAACUGUGCGCUUAAAUUUCGAGCCCUCGGGACGUGCUGUCGGCGAUGUGGGACGUUACUAUCAGACUCCCAAGGAAAACCGAUGUGUGGUGUGUGGUCGACUCGAUCCGUUGUCACGCAAAAACGUAGUGCCACGCGAAUACAGAAAGCAUUUCCCAGUGGUCAUGAAGUCACAUACUUCACACGAUGUGCUUCUGCUGUGCCCAGAUUGCCAUCAACUUAGUAAUAUUUAUGACUUAAGAAUGCGAAUGAAAUUAGCGGAGCAAUGUGAUGCGCCAUUUACGAAAGAAGAAUCGGCUGUGAAAUACUACGAGCUGCCCGAGCUUAAAAAAGUUAAAUCAGCAUCGAGGGCGUUGCUGCAAAGUCAAAACGAAAUACCUGCCGAGCGCCGGGACAUUUUAAUCAAAAUUCUGCUGGAUCAUUACAAAACGGAACAGCUAACAGAUGAAUUAAUUAAGGAGGCCGCUAAUAUUGAUACGACACGGAGUAACGAAAACUACUGCCAACACGGUGAGAAGGUCGUGAGUAUGUAUGAAACUGCAUUCGGUGGCCUCUGUGAACUGGAAAAGCAGUGGCGGCAACAUUUCCUAACCCAUAUGAAACCGAAAUAUCUGCCAGAUCUUUGGAACGUCAAUCAUAAUGCAAACAGAUUGGAAAUACGCGCGCAGGAGGGUCGCGUUGAAAAAGAAGAUUUGAUCGUUGCGGGUCUAAGCAUAGUUGCAGAUGUAGAAUCGGUAGCGAAGUGCUGAAAAAUCAACUCGAGUUUACAAAUUCUUCGCAGACUCGUCAAUCAGUUCUUUUUGCACCAAAAACAAUUUUUUUUUU